GCAGACCCAAACCAAACCAAUAGACCCUAGCUUAAACCUCAACUCUUUCUUUCUUCUCAUAACCCAUAACCUCUCUUUGUCUCAGUUACUCAAGUCUCCCUGUCCCCUUUUUGGUUGGGUUUCCUCUCUCACUAACUCAUCAGCAGGACAGGACUUCCGUUUAGAUACGGGCAUAGGCCGUCGAGUUCUCGAACUUGGGCUCAUUACCAUAUGCGCUUCAAUCGAUCAUUUCUUCACUACUCACAGAUGAGCAGCUAGACUUUCUAUUGCUGUAUUUGGAAUAGAAGUGCUGAUUGUUCCCAAGCCAUGGCUCUGUCAAUUUCUAAAAGGUUAUUACGAUCUCUUGGUUCUUCAUCUGCAUUUUCCUGCUGCCAUUCAAGAUUUAUAGGCCCGUCAAUUUGCACAACUGAUGAUUCGUGCAACCAUGUUCGUGGGGAUAGCUUACUUUUUAAAGAGACUUCGGCUAUUGUCAAGGGUGGGUUAUCUUUACUUUCUUAUCGGAAGUUUUCAACUUCUAUCCUGACCCCUGAAGCCAGUGAAGGUGCAUUUCCCUCUGAUCUGUUGUCCGCUAAGCCUGUGCUAGAAUCUGACCGAAAGAUAGGACUUUAUCAGGACCUUGUAAUUCCUGUGACAAAUUUUCAUAAUGAAGACAAGGGCUUCAUGGUUUUGGAUGGUGAAGUCUUUGAUGUCCCUAUCAGGAAGGACAUUAUUCAUCGAGUUGUACUAUGGCAACUUGCGAAACGACAACAGGGAACGCAUUCAACAAAAACUAUCAGUGAGGUCAGUGGAACUGGGAGAAAGCCAUGGAGACAGAAGGGUACUGGUCGUGCAAGACAUGGAACAUUGCGUGGCCCCCAGUUUCGGGGAGGUGCUAUAAUGCAUGGGCCUAAGCCACGAAGUCACGCUAUUAAGUUGAACAAGAAGGUCCGAAGGCUAGGGCUAAAGAUUGCUCUCACUGCCCGUGCAGCAGAGGGAAAGCUUCUGGUUUUUGAGGACUUGGAGGUUCCUACUCAUAAAACCAAGAAUAUUGUGAACUAUGUUCAACAAAUGGAGAAUGCCAAGAAAUUUCUGCUGGUGGAUGGGGAUGUAAUAGGUGAAAAGUUGAAAUUGGCUACUCAAAAUCUGCAUUAUGUGAACGUGCUGCCCUCAGUUGGUCUCAAUGUCUACAGCAUUCUGCAACACGACACACUCGUAAUGUCUCGUGCUGCAAUCAACAGAAUUGUAGAGCGAAUGAACACACCAAUUAACCGUUGAUGGCAUUCUAAUGUUCUCUUGCUCUACUUUAGUUGCAGUUCCUUUUUUCUGUUUUCUUUUCAUUCAUAGGAAGAAAGAGAUCCCUAAAAAAUAAUGAGGCUUGUUAUAAAUUACUCGAACACAGUUCGACAUGUCAAUUUUCCUUGCAAAGAAUCUUGUAAUUCAAUGUCAAUGUGAGGGAGUUUUAUGACACAUGAUUGGUAAAGAACCUAUGAAGGUUUGAAUGGGAAGUUACCUGAUUUCUUAAGUUGUCAUAGGUUGAUUACGCAGCUUGGGUGCAAUCUUUGCUCGUACUUGCAGUGAUUUCUGUUCGCAAAUGUGUAAUAAUACUUUGUGUUAACUUGAAAGGGAAAAAGAAUUACAGAUGUGUUGUAAGAAGUUUUAUGGGAGCUUUUAUAAACAUGAUUUCUAAUAGUUUAUUUUU